CUGACCCAAGCCCUCCCGCUGCACUGGCCGCCAUGGGGCCGGGGCUGCUGUUCCCUCUGCUGCUGCUUGGGGCUCUGGAGGCCCCGGGGUCUGAGCUGGACGCCGGGGGGCGGCACGUCUGCAAUGCCAGCAGCCCCUCUGCUGAGCUCCAGUGCUGCCCAGGCUGGAGGCAGAAAGAUCGAGAAUGCACCAUCCCCAUCUGCGAGGGGCUGGACGCCUGCCGGGAAGACGAGGUAUGUGUGAAACCAGGCCUCUGUCGAUGCAAACCUGGAUUCUUCGGAGCCCAGUGCAACUCCCGCUGCCCGGGCCAGUAUUGGGGCCCCGACUGCAGGGAGGUCUGCACCUGCCACCCGCACGGCCAGUGCGAACCGGCCACCGGCGUGUGCCACUGCCAACCCGACCACUGGGGCGACCGCUGCGAGUUCCCGUGCACCUGCGGUCCCCACGGCCGCUGCAACCCCGAGACCGGCGCGUGCCGCUGUGAGCCCGGCUGGUGGUCGUCCACGUGCCGCCGCCCAUGCCAGUGCAACCCCGCGGCGGCGCGGUGCGAUCAGGCCACCGGCUCCUGCCUGUGCGAGCCGGGCUGGUGGGGCCGCCGCUGCAGCUUCCGCUGCGCCUGCCACGGCUCGCCGUGCGCGCAGGAGUCGGGCCGCUGCGCCUGCCGGCCGGGCUGGUGGGGCCCCGAGUGCCGGCAGCCGUGCGAGUGCGUGCGCGGCCGCUGCAGCGCCACCUCCGGCCAGUGCGCCUGCCCGCCCGGCUUCCGCGGCGUGCGCUGCGAGCUGCCCUGCCCCGCCGGCCGGUACGGGCUCCAGUGCCGCGACAGCUGUGGCCACUGCAAGCAGAAUAAACCAUGCUCUGCAGACACAGGCAACUGCGAGGCCUGCGAGCCGGGCUGGAACGGGACCCAGUGCCACCAGCCCUGCCCUCCUGGCACCUUUGGCGAGAACUGCAGGCAGCAGUGCCCCCACUGCCGGCUUGGGGAGGCCUGUCAGCCAGACACCGGGCACUGUCAGCGCUGUGAGCCUGGCUGGCGGGGGCCCAGGUGCGAAGACCCCUGCCUGAUUGGCACCUUUGGGGAGGGUUGCGGCUCUACCUGCCCCACCUGUGUCCAGGGGGCCUGUGAUGCUGUGACCGGGGAGUGUGUCUGCACCAUCGGCUACUGGGGGCCCAGCUGCAACACUUCAUGUCCAUCUGGCUUCCAUGGAAACAACUGCUCUGUUCCCUGCCAAUGUCCAGAGGGAAACUGCGACCCUGUCUCUGGGGCCUGCCAGCUGGGAUCUCAUAGUCAGGACGCCGCCCUCAUCGCGGGCAUCCUCGUACCUCUGCUGCUGCUCCUCCUGGCCAUCGCCUGCUGUGCCUGCUGCUGCUGGGCUGCCCGGCUGGACCCCAAGGACAGGCCAGUGAGAGAUGGGACCGCCAUGUCCAGGAUGAAGCUGCAGGUCUGGGGGGCCCUGACCUCCAGCCUGGGCUCUACGCUGCCCUGCGGUACCCUAGGCAGCCACAAGCUUCCCUGGGUGACAGUCUCGCACCACGACCCGGAGAUCCCCUUCAACCACAGCUUCAUCGAGCCGCCCUCCGCCGGCUGGGCUUCGGACGACUCCUUUUCUUCCGAUUCCGAGUCUGGAGAAGAGGACGAGGGUCCUGCCUACUGCGUGCCACCCCAAGAAGGGAUGGUCCCUGUGGCCCCAGCGGAAUCCUCAGAGGCCAGCCUGGCUGGAGGUCCCUUCCCUCCCCCCGAGGAUGCCUCCACGCCGUUUGCCAUCCCGCGCACAUCCAGCCUCGCUAGGGCCAAGCGGCCAUCAGUCUCCUUUGCUGAAGGCACCAAGUUUGCACCACAGAGUCGCCGAGGCUCCGGGGAGCUCUCCAGCCCGCUCCGAAAGCCCAAGAGGCUCUCCCGGGGGACCCAGCCAGGUCCCGAAAGCCAGGAGACUGAGGAGUCCACAGGUCCACAAGUGGAAACAGAUGGGGCCCCUCCUGGUACUGCCAGCCCCAGGGAUUCAGCUGUUGGUCGCCGCCGGCUCCCACUUGGUGGCCGGACAGUGGCUGAGCGUGUGGAAGCCAUUGAGGGCAGCGUCCAGGAAAGCUCAGGCCCGGUCACCACGAUCUACAUGUUGGCAGGGACACCCCGGGGACCUGAGGGCCCCGUCCGAUCUGUCCUCCGCCGUUUUGGUAGCUUCCAGAAAGGCCAGGCAGAACCCAAGGUCAAGAGUGCCAUCCCCAAGCCUCCACGUCGGGCCCUGAGUCGGAACAAGGGCAGCCCCAGGCUGGACUCUGGCUCUGCCAAUCAGAGCCCCAGCUCAGCCAUGAAGGAGGAACUGACUGGGACCUUGGAGUCUGCAGGGACUGGGUCAGAGGAAGGGGCCAGGGGCCUGGGGGGCGGCAUCAAGAGCUCGGGGGGUGGCCAGGAGCUGGCCCCUGAGGAUGGUCCCCUAGUACAGGAUCCCCAGAAGGUGGCUGACGAGGAAGGGCAGGAGGAGCCCCAGUAUGAAAAUGUUGUACCCAUCUCUGGGCCACCGGAACCCUGAGGAUCUUGAAUUUUGUGAGUGGUAAGACUGUGGAUGGCGCUUGGGCCUCAGAUUGCCCCCAUCAGAUUGUGUUUUGUGCUGGGAAAAGAUCCCAGGGCCAGAAAGACAUGCCCCCUUUCGCUUUCACCGGGAAAUGUCAGUGCUGGAGGCCAGUUGGCUCUGGGUCCUAGCCGAGGUCUGGGAGUGGGUCUGGAAGGCCUGGGCAGAGACCCCACUGGAUGGGGUCAGGAAGGGGGAAGAGAUGACUGCAGGGACUUUUUCUCUGUUGUCCUGGGCUCUGUUUAGCCCCAGUCUCUUCUUUCCUUCAUUUGCAAAACAUUUUUUUGAAAUGGGAAACAACCUAACUGAUGAUAAAAGAUUAAAGAGAUAUUCCUUAUGAAAGGUUCCUAACCAACCAAAUAAAUCAGGUUGUGUAAGAAUAUGGGAGCUUGUUCAUGCUAUCCUGCUACAUGUAAAUCAUGUUUCCUUUUUACAAAUUUCAUUCCUUUUGGCCUCAGAAUACAUGUUUAGAAUUCUUCCAUUUUGUGUUUAUUUUGUGACUGUUUUAUAGACUUAAAAAAGAAAAAAAAAGAUGUGAGGGGGACUUCCCUGGUGGUCCAGCAGUUAAGAAUCCACCUUGCAAUGCAGGGGACUUGGGUUCCAUUCCUGGUCAGAGACCUAUGAGAUCCCACAUGCUGCAGAGCAACUAAGCCCACGGAUCGCAACUAGACAGCCCGAGUGCAGCAGCUACUGAAGCCUGCCCACUCUGGACUCCAUGUGCUGCUAAGACCCGACAUAACCGAAUCAAUAAAUGUUUUUUAAAGAAAUAAAAAAGAUGGAUGUGCGUAAAAAACA